GCGUUAAAGACACCCUCAUCACCGGAACUCGCUCAUGUCUCAACAAACGAACACCGCAUUCAUUCUCCCUCAAACAGGUGCUGGCCUUCACACUAUUACAAAGCGCACCACAGACAUCCCCUCCCCGAAAGCGCAUGAGGUGCUGGUGAAGAUUCAUGCCUUCUCUAUCAACUACCGCGACUUCGCAAUGAGCGCUGCCUUCUACCCCGCUCCCCGUCCGCCUAAUCAGGUGUUAGGGAGCGACAUGGCCGGAGAAGUCAUAGAGGUGGGAGAGGGCGUUGUGGCGGGGGAGUUUAAUAAGGGGGACAGGGUCACCGCGAACUUCAAUCAGGCCCAUUUCUUCGGGACCCAUACCGGACAGAGACAGGAUCUCGGUGACGCCGUGGAAGGCGUGUUUCAGGAGUACUAUGUCUUCAAUGUCGCCGGCCUUCUUCACGUUCCGAAGCAUUUGACCUACGAAGAAGCUGCAUGUGGACCUUGUGCCGGAGUCACGGCGUGGAACGCACUGUAUGGUGGAAUUCCGCUUGCUCCUGGACAGACUGUGCUGUUCCAAGGGACUGGUGGCGUGUCGUUGGCGGGGUUGCAGUUCGCUGCUGCGGCUGGUGCGAAGACAAUCAUUACCUCUGGUUCGGAUGAGAAGCUUGCGAUCGCCAAGAAACUCGGUGCCACGCACACCAUCAACUAUAAGACCAACCCCGACUGGGACCAGGUUGUUCUUGAACUUACGGAGGGCGUAGGCGCGCAUCAUAUCCUCGAUAACGUAGGCGUCGAGGAGAUUGGGAGAUGCUUUAACUGUGCUGCGACUGGUGGCAAUAUCCACUGCAUUGGUUUCCUGGGGGACAUGACAAAGCCGGCUCCCAAUGUACUGAUGUCGGUCCUCAUGAAGAGCCUCUCAAUUCGCGGGAUAUAUGUCGGCUCCAAACAGCUUCAUUCGGACAUGCUUCGCUUUAUGGAUACGAACAAGUUGAGGCCUCAUAUCGACCGCGUUUUCGCAUUCGAGGAUACAGUGAAGGCUUUGGAGUAUCUGGGCUCGGGGAAGCAUGUUGGAAAGGUCGUUGUGAAGGUAUCAGCGUAGUGGAGUAAGCUCACACAACCUUCCAGUCCGCGUUCAAAGUUUAAAUGGCGGGGUAUGUACGUACAUGUUUGGUAGCGGUAUGGUUUGGUUUUGUAUCAUGUCUUGGCCUCUCGAUCAAUGCAUGUGUCUGCUUCGUAUCCG